UUCUAAGGACGAUGAAAUAUCCCCUUUGUUUACGUUCAGAAUCAGAAAAUAAAUCUUUCGCCGUUAGCGGUGGGACUUGGUCGAUUUAAAACUUGGCGAAUCAAAGUUUCAUUGAAAGGACAGUUGCUGCAAGUGUGGCAAACAAAGAACUUGCUGCAAGAGGUGCAACAGCAAAUGCUGCAAGGGCACCAAUAGAUGCUGCUUGACAUCUAUUCAAUGCUGUCACUGCUGCUCCAGAUAUAACAGUCAAGAAGACUCAUGCAGUUGUAGCAGCUGUUGCAACAGUAGCAGUGUUAGUGGUAGCAAGUGCUGCAGUUGUUGCAACACUGAUGGGGAAGACCAAUGCUGCUACAGUGGUGGCAAGAACAAAGCUUCUUGUUGUUGCAAGUCACAAGAACAACAUCCUGACACAGAAGCACAUCUAGACAGCAUGGGCACUACACCUGUGCAGAGAAAAUGGCAGGUGUAUCCCGGCAAAAACAAAUUCUGCUGCGAUGGUCGCAUUGUCAUGGCACAGCAGCCUGGCAUUUUUUAUGUCACGCUGGGACUUAUAAUUAUCACCAAUGCCCUCUUCUUUGCCUUUGAUUGUCCAUACCUGACACUGAACCUGUCACCUAUAAUCCCGUGUGUGGGGGCCGUGCUCUUCUUGUUUGUGCUGUCCACGCUGCUGCACACCAGUUUCUCCGACCCCGGCAUCAUACCACGCGCUACUUAUGAAGAAGCACUCUACACCGAGAGGCAGAUAGAAGUUGUGAACGAAGGAGCUGGUCUGAGCUACCGCCCCCCACCACGCACCAAAGAGAUCACCAUCAACGGCGUGCCUGUUAAACUCAAGUAUUGCUUUACCUGCAAGAUCUUCAGACCUCCUAGAGCCUCUCACUGCUCCAUCUGCGAUAACUGUGUCGAGCGUUUCGACCACCACUGCCCGUGGGUGGGCAACUGCGUGGGCAAGCGCAACUACCGAUACUUCUACCUCUUCCUUGUGUCACUGGCCUUCCUGUGUGUGUUUAUCUUCUCGUGUGUCAUAGCCCACCUCGUCAUAUACAUGCAGGAGGCACCUGAAGGCUCGUUCAUGAAGGCGGUGCAGAACAACCCAGCGUCGGUGGUGGAGGGCGUCGUCUGCUUCAUCGCAGUCUGGUCCAUCCUGGGACUAGCAGGCUUCCACACCUACCUCACUACCAGCAACCAGACCACAAAUGAAGAUAUCAAGGGUUCGUUUAACCCCCGCCGCCGCAGCCAGCAGCAGCCCCAGCAAGUCAACCCUUACGGCUACGGCAACUUGUGCCUCAACUGCCUGGCUGUGCUCUGUGGGCCUGUCACCCCCAGCCUCAUAGAUCGGCGUGGAAUUGUAACUGCUGAGUACAUGAGAAACUUCAAACAGCAACAACAUCCGCCGCCGCCUUCCUCUCAACAGCUGCAGCAACAACAGCUGAAUGCUGCUGCCGGCAUGCAGAUCAUAGAACAGCCGCAACAGCUGCAGCCACAGCUGCCUACAUCUUCCGCUUAUGGCUCUUUAAAGCUCCAACCCAUGGCCAACAAGAGCAGCAGUACAGGCGCGCCCUCAGUUCCUAGUAACGGAGUUGGCAGCGCGUACUUCCCUGGCAGCGGCAGUCCUGCGGCCCCAAGCGCCUCUGAGCAGCAGUACCAGUAUGGCUCUUCCAGUACUCCUUCAUCGCUAAACAAGUACCCACGCAAGAGCGCAGCUUCAUCAUCCGCUUUAAAUACUCCAACACGGAAAAAAUCUGCACCUUGUCAAACCAGGCCAACUGACACCGACGAUGAUGAUGAAGACAUGGUUGUGGUGGCCGCACCCGUAACCACAAACACCACCAGCAUCGCCACCGUCGUCAGCAGCCACCAGCAGCAACAUCACAACCAGCAACCACGCUCCCGUAAAUACGACGUCAAUAACAUUAACUACUCAGUGACAACUGCAGCGGGCGUCAGCAAUGGCAACUUGGGCUACAAGGCCAACAAUAACUUUGUACCGGCAAACAACAACUUCAUAAACAAUAACAACAGAGACGCUCUGCAUCACCAAAGGCGUAACCUCAACGUUGCCUUCCCUGGGUCCAGCAAUCCUGAGUUCCUGGAUAUUCUCAGCUCAGAUCUGGGCCACCUUGCCCAGCACUCUCUGGACGCAAGCGGCCCAGUCUCUAGCAGCCAGGUGUACCUGCUGGACUCGGCUUAUGACCUGGACUUGGACUCCAUAGGGGACGUAUCUUUGUCCCAGCACAGCGAGUCCCAGCCUUCCCAGUCUGAGUCGUCCCAACGAGAGCUCAUUCAUACUGACGGCGCUGCCAUCGUGUAGUAAUCCUGGUUCAACCUUUCAUGAAUGGUAAUGGAAAGCAUUGGCUGUGCUGACGUGGCUCUCCGU